CCUCUAUUUAAAACAUACCAAACACAUUUCUCAUUUUAGAUUGACGCUCCUACUUCACUCUCUCUGCAACCAAACCAAAUGGCUCCCGUACCUAACGGUACCAUUCCCUCCGCUCCCGUCACCGGACGCCUCUCCUCCGUCUACAGCGAGGUGCAGAAGAAGCGCGUCGACCACGCGCUUCCUCUUCCUUCCGUCCUCAAACGUCCCUUCACCAUUAUCGACGGUCCUCCAAGCUCCGCCGCCGGAAAUCCAGACGAGAUCGCCAAGCUCUUUCCACAUUUGUUCGGGCAACCUUCCGCCGCGUUGGCGCCUAGCGAUCCGCGUGUGGCGCAGACGCACCGUAAGUUGAAGAUUGGGGUGGUUCUGUCUGGAGGCCAGGCUCCGGGAGGCCACAAUGUCAUUUCCGGAAUCUUCGAUUACCUUCAAGAACGCGCACAAGGAAGCACGUUGUAUGGUUUCAGAGGUGGUCCCGCUGGCAUUAUGAAGUGCAAAUACGUUGAACUCACCUCUGAGUAUAUUUAUCCUUAUAGAAAUCAGGGUGGAUUUGACAUGAUUUGCAGUGGGAGGGACAAGAUUGAAACUCCAGAGCAGUUUAAACAAGCGGAAGAAACAGCUAAGAAGCUAGACUUGGAUGGGCUCGUUGUUAUUGGUGGUGAUGACUCAAACACCAAUGCAUGCCUCCUUGCUGAGAACUUCAGGAGCAAAAAUUUGAAAACACGUGUAAUUGGAUGCCCUAAAACCAUUGAUGGUGAUUUGAAAUGCAAAGAAGUUCCCACAAGUUUUGGGUUUGACACUGCUUGCAAGAUAUACUCUGAAAUGAUUGGAAAUGUUAUGAUAGAUGCCCGAUCAACUGGAAAAUAUUACCAUUUUGUGCGGCUUAUGGGGCGUGCGGCUUCACACAUUACGCUGGAAUGUGCUUUACAAACUCAUCCAAACAUUACAAUUAUUGGAGAAGAGGUAGCUGCGAAGAAGCUGACGUUGAAAAAUGUCACAGACUACAUUGUCGAUGUUGUUUGUAAAAGAGCUGAAAAUAAUUACAACUAUGGUGUCAUUCUUAUCCCUGAAGGUCUAAUUGAUUUCAUACCUGAGGUUCAGCAUCUUAUUGCAGAACUAAAUGAAAUUCUUGCCCAUGAUACUGUGGAUGAGAGUGGAUUAUGGAAAAAGAAACUCAGUGAUCAAUCAUUAAAGCUUUUUGAAUUUUUACCUCAAGCAAUUCAAGAACAAUUGAUGCUUGAAAGAGAUCCACAUGGAAAUGUUCAGGUUGCCAAGAUAGAAACAGAGAAAAUGCUUAUUCAAAUGGUUGAGACUGAGUUGGAGAAGAGAAGGGAAGAAGGCAAAUACAAAGGCGAUUUUAGAGGGCAGUCCCACUUUUUCGGUUACGAAGGGAGAUGUGGCUUGCCUACUAAUUUUGACGCUACUUAUUGCUAUGCUCUGGGUUAUGGCGCUGGAGCCCUCCUCCAUAGUGGGAAGACUGGACUUAUAUCAUCAGUUGGGAAUUUAUGUGCUCCAGUAGAAGAAUGGACUGUUGGUGGAACUGCACUCACCGCACUGAUGGAUGUGGAGAGGAGACAUGGUAAAUUCAAGCCUGUGAUCAAGAAGGCAAUGGUGGAGCUUGAAGGGGCACCCUUCAAAAAGUUUGCCUCCUUGCGGGAUGAAUGGGCCUUGAAGAAUUGUUACGUCAGUCCAGGUCCAAUUCAAUUCUCUGGCCCAGGAUCCGAUGCAACUAAUCACACUCUAAUUUUGGAGCUUGAAUCGCAAGCUUAGACAGAGUAUGAAGUCCUUGUUUUGAUGAGUUUUGAUUGGCCAACUCUAUAGUUGCUUUCAACAUGCAAUUUAUUUUCACGACUGCCCUCACUUUGCCUGACAUUGGUCAUUGAUUUAAUAAUAAUUAACAAAAUAAAUAUUAUCUCAUU